AAGCUCGACGCGCGUGAAUGGAAACCACACAACUACUACUAGUAGUAGUUAUCUCCAUUAAUCUCCAUAUCGUCAAAGCUUCCAACCUCAGCCUAACUAGCUGUCCUUCGUCACCUUAAUUCAUACCGUCUAAUUAUCUCGACCCGACUCGAUCAUCUCUGCGAUAGAUGCACAUAUAGAAAAAACACACCAUCCGAAUAACGAAACUACGAUCAAGAUGGCCAUGUUCAGCCAAAACCCCGUCUUAAAUGGGCCCAACUACUCAUUUGCCGAAGUUCCCAAAAGUGCAAUGGAUGGUGUGCGGGAACACCGUUUCAACCCAUAUACCGACAAUGGUGGUUCCACCCUCGCUAUCGCCGGUGCCGACUUCGCCAUAAUGGCCGGUGACACCCGUCUAACGUCCGGAUACAGCAUCAACUCCCGGCUCUCCCCCAAGGUCUUCAAGAUUGGCGGCACCAACUCAUCCCAGGACGAUGCCCACAUUUUACUAUCUGUAGUCGGUUUCGCCGCCGACGGCGAGGCCCUCAAGGAGCGCCUUGACGCUGUCUGCAAGAUGUACCACUACCGGCAUGGAAAGCCCAUGUCCGUCAACGCCUGCGCCAAGCGCCUAUCCACCAUCCUCUACCAGAAGCGCUUCUUCCCCUACUACGUGCACGCCAUCCUCGGCGGCCUCGACGAAGACGGCACCGGCGCUGUUUACAGCUACGACCCCGUCGGCAGCUACGAGCGCGAGCAGUGCCGUGCCGGCGGUGCUGCAGGCAGUCUCAUCAUGCCCUUCCUUGACAACCAGGUCAACUUCAAGAACCAGUACAUCCCCGGCAGCGGCGUCGGCCACGAGCUGCAGGAGCGGGAGCGCCUGCCCCUGCCGCGGAACGAGGUGGAGAUUCUGGUCAAGGAUGCCUUCGACUCGGCCGUCGAGCGACAUAUCGAGGUCGGUGAUCACCUGCAGAUGCUGAUCAUCACGAAGAACGGCAUCGAGGAGAGGAUUCUCCCGCUGAAGAAGGAUUAAAAAAGGCGGUGGCUAGGACCUCCCGAUUCCAAGGCGGAUGGAUGUGUGUACUAUAUCAUAGGCAGUGGAGUUUUCCGGGUUUCCCGGGGUCUGAAUACAUCGUAAUUGACCAUGAACGAUUUGACGAGCAAACGAGAUUUGAGUGGGUGAAAGAUGAUGAAAAACUAGAUCCUGGACCGGUAGAACAGCUGCCUCCAGGGCUCUCUCCUAGAUGCAACCCAAGUAUAAGCAACUGGGAGCAAUUCGACAUGCUGGAAUUCACUGUUGUGCUGUUUACUUUGGGUCCGGGUCCAUCAUAAUAGACACCAAUGCCUCCUAGUCCCAGUAUGAUAGGUCCUAUAUUCACCCAGGUAGCCAUGGUGCCUUGACUAAUAUCAGUCUCACGUCACAAAUCUAUAUUGCCCAUGAUGAACAAAGUCCUCUUUUUUGUCAUUUACCGUGCUCGACUUGAUCCAGUGGUAAGCAUCGGUUCUCUCAAUGUACCUGGCAUCUUCCAUGCAUG